GUAAAACCCCAUCAUCAAUUCAUCAUCAUCUCUCUAUCAAACCAGAUACACGAAGGAAAAAUUCAACACUUCAAUACAUCAAAAAAAAUAUAAAUUAAUUAAUCAAUGCAAGCAGCAGAUUCUCGUAGAUUGCAAUCAAAUAGCUUCGCCGAAUCGAUCGUGAUCGUGCUGCGAGAGUAAAUGGUUCCGUGGUUAUCUUUAAUGCACAACCAACGAAGCAAUGCUUAUUGCUACCUUUUCUGCGUCUUAUUCUGCUUUGUCCGAAGGGACUCCGAUUGUAAUGGAGUUUCGGAUAGAUAGAUCAUAGAUAGAUAGAUAGAGAGAUAGAUAAUGUUUUUUCUAAACGAUUUCGUUUUCUUUCUUGAAAUUGGAAAUACAUGAUAUUAUGCUAUUCGUCUUUCGAAUAUGCUCGAAGAGUUUCUUAGGAAAACAAAGCCCGAAACUUUUGUUCUUUUGAUAAGCCCUUGAAAAUUGUGUUAGCCUCGAAUUUCUCCAAGUUAAUAAUCAUGGGCUUGCCUCAAAUUGCUUCCGGUAAAAUCUCCGAAGAAGUCUCGACUUCUGUUAGCACAAUCAUACAAUUCGGAGUGAAUGGAAGGCAAUUUGGUGAUUUUCUACCAACUUCAUCACGUGAACAUGAUAAAGAAUCCGACUUUAUCAGUUUGCACACGGAUAGUAUGGCCCACAUGCGUAAACUGAGGAUCGAUUCUGCGGACAAGAACUGCUUCUUACCGCAUAAAAACGUUCAGACACCAGCUUCUAGGAUUGUGGGCUUCGAAACCAAUGCACUAACUAACCGAUCGGAUAGUGCAAACGAGAAUUCGAGUUCAUUGGUUCGAAAACGACUUCUAUCGCCUUUGAAUGGCAUGAUUUUGCCCAACGAAUUUCGAGGCGAGAAUCUUGAAAUCGGAAGCACUUUCCAUCAUAGUAAUUUCAACUUACGGGGUGGUAGUAGUAGUUAUAGCAUUGCAGUGAAGGAGAACAAAAAAGCCCACAUAAGCAACUUGGAGUAUGACUAUCCGGUUAGUUGGUCUGCACCGAAUUUCUCGAGGAGUAAUACUAACUUACACGAAGAAGAUUGUGUAAUUACAGAUGGGCCCUUACUUGGAAAUCAAGAACUUAGAUCUCAGAAUCUUUUGUUAAGGGACAACGUUGUCUCUCCGCCUUUGUCACUGUCUCCUCUUGGACCUAGAUUUUUCGGAAGGAUGAGAAAUUCGAGGAGAGAGUUUGAUGACAGCUGUAUAACUUUUAAGGAUGUGGAGCAAUCUCUCGAAGGGACUUUCUCGAGCUUUUUAUCUCCAAGAAAAGUUCUCGAAGAGGACGAGAGUUUCCCUAUGAAAUUCGAGCAUUUGACUCAAACCGCUCAAAAUAGCAAAUUAGGGAAUAAAUCUUUGAGUGGAUUAUCCGUCAGAAGGUCAUUGGUUGGUUCGUUCGAAGAGUCGCUUUUAUCUGGUAGAUUAGCUUCUGGGAUAGUCAACCAGAAACUCGAUGGUUUCCUUGCGGUUUUGAAUAUAACGGGCGGGAAAUUUUCACCUCAUCCGCAGAAACUUCCGUUUGCCGUAACAAGUGUGGAUGGUGAUAAUUACUUACUGUACUAUUCGUCUAUAGAUCUUUCUAGAGAUUUAUCUUCGAACAGCAAAUGUGAAGGUCCGAAACUGAAGAGAAGCCUCAGUGUUAACAAUGGCUCCUCGGACGAAAAAGCCCGUCUCAGAAUACCUAUGAAAGGGCGCUUGCAACUGGUCGUAAGCAAUCCAGAAAGAACACCUAUUCACACAUUCUUCUGUAACUAUGACUUGACUGACAUGCCUGCAGGUACAAAGACAUUUUUACGCCAAAAGUCAACUUUAGCUGUCGAUAGAGGUGGUGGACCAAAAGACUCGAUCUCGAGAAACGAUUUGUUUACGAGUACAUGUGGAGCUGAUGCUAACUGCGUAUUAGACAAUAACAAUUGCAGGGGUAGUAACGGAAUAAAUAAUCUCCCUUUCGCUUCUUCUUUAUCCGGUGAAAGAGAAAAUAAGCAAUCCCUAUAUUCCCCUUCGAAGGUUAAUAAGAACACCACGGGUGUUCUCCGUUAUGCCAUACACCUCCGUUUUGUAUGCCCACACAUGAAGAAGUACUCCAGAACGGGCCCGAAAUGCAAAUCGGGCCCAUCUUCUCUUCCUUCAAGAAAUGGGAUUAUGGAUAUCGAAGGUGAGCGCCGUUUCUAUUUGUACAAUGAUAUGAGAGUGGUUUUCCCUCAGCGCCACACGGAUUCCGACGAGGGCAAGUUGCAAGUGGAAUACGAUUAUCCGUCGAAUCCAAAGUACUUCGACAUCAGUCAAUAAUUUAUGUUCGGUUAGUUUAGAUGAAUUUAUGUUCUCUAAUUUGGUUUCGUCUGUACAUAAUUUUGUACAUAUUGUUUCGUAAAUGCUAACAAUGAAUGGGUUAGCACACAUGUAAAUUCAUGCCAAUAAGCUGCUGCUCAUGUGUUGUAUAAAUAAUUAAAUAUGUUUAUUCGACAUUUAUUUCACCCGAAAAAGAGAAUAACUAUUCAAAUUAAAAAAAAAACGUAUGGUUCCUGAUUUA